AGUGCUGAACGACAAGUUCCUCUUCUGUGAGGGUUUAAAUAUGAUGUGAAAACCGCCACAGGAGACACAAGUCCUGCUCACCUGAAGACCAAAUGGCCUACAAACAUCAGAAUGGACGAACUGCUGCAUUAGCCUAGCCUGGAGCCACGCAGCCCUUCUGCUGACUGUGUACAGAUCAGUUCUGCUGAUUCAGCCGCUUGUGUGAGGACGACUUUGUACCGCAGGGUAAAAAUCUGAGGUCUGGCUAAAUGGCUAAGGUUGUUCUUGUGGAUCUGCUUCAUCCUCACUGUCCGCAGUACAGCCGGUGCGUUGAACGGCGCGUCAGCAGGUUAAAAGAAGUCAUUGGUAACAGCGCUGAGGAGCCAGUUUAUGUCCUCCUUCACCAGCACACACCCCGCGGCGGGGAAACGGACAGUCUGUCCGAGGCGGCUCUUCUGGACGGAUUCGUUCGUCUGAACAGGCGUGUACAUGUUGUAACCAACAGGAGCGCAGCAGCCUCCCUUUACUCAUUCAAACUGGCUGCGGACGCACUGGACGCAACUGAUGUCCAGGUCCUGACGUGCAGCCGUCGGCAGGCGGUCCUCCAGGUGUACGAGGAGCUCCUCUUCACACCUGUCUACAGUUUCCACUACUGCACCGUGUUUAAUGAUCUGCGCUGCCCGCUCGAUGACCUGGCCCUCACCUGCUCUCAGCGCGCCGAUGUCAAGGACGAAAUCAGCACGUUUCUACAGCGCCUCCCAGCGGUGAAGGGAGAAAUUACAAUUCUGAAAUCUUCCAUGAUCUCAGAUUGCUUUUAUCAUGGUUUCACCACAAGAACAGGAGGGAUCUCAUACAUCAGCACCUUAAGCUCUCUGAACCUGUUCAGCAGCUCAAGGCGUAGAGACUCCAGUGUCGUGGUGGCUGAAAACCUUAGACGGCUUGGACUGCAGGCUGGCUUUGAGCCUCACCAGUUUCACCUUGCUAAGGUCAACCAUGCCAGUGACGUGUGGGUAAUGAGCAAGCCUGCACCCGAGAGCUAUGACGGGAUUGUGACCAAUCAGCCAGGCGUUGUCAUAGCAGCACCAGGAGCUGACUGCAUGCCACUGCUCUUCACUGAUCCUGUGGCAAAGGUCAUUGGAGCAGCACAUGCAGGCUGGAGGGGUACCCUAAUGGGGAUUGCCAUGGCAACAGUGAAUGCCAUGGUGCUAGAGUUUGGCAGCAAGCUUGUUAACAUAGUGGCUGUGAUUGGGCCUUCUGUUGGGCCCUGCUGUUUCACUAUGGAACAAGACUCAGCCAGAAAGUUCCAGGCCAUCCAUCCGGACUGUGUCAGAAACAUGGACUCACCCAGGCCUUAUGUUGAUAUCAGGCUUGCAACCAGAAUCCUCUUGGAGAGAGGUGGGCUUCUCCCAGAGCACAUCCAUGAUGACACAGUGACAGACCGACCCAACCUCACUAUAUGCACCUCCUGCCACCCUGAUUCCUUCUUCUCUCAUGUUAGAGAUGGCAUCAACUUUGGCACUCAAAUCGGCUUCCUGUGGAUCAAGUAACCCCUGGAAUUAAACAGUCUGACCAUUAGGACCAACACAAUGUGAACAGUUUGUUCAGCUGCAGAAGUAACAGCCUAUUUUUGCAGCUUAGUGAAACAACUAGGAGAGAAAUUGAAGACUUUUAAAGUUAGGCUGCAAAGUGACUUUUACAUUAGGCAUGGAGACAUUCAGAACUUGGGUAAAACUCUGAUUGCCAAUAAUAUAAAAAGUGUCAUGAUGCUUGGCAAAUUAACAUCUUACCUUUGUUAUGCUUGCUAAGCACUACUCAGGAGUUACCAUAAUUUUCUCACCAGGACUAGCUUUGAGUUUAUCAAUAUAGAAGACACAGUAAACAUACAUGUUAUAUGCCUUAUCUAUUACAGUCUUCUAGCGUUCUUGAUUGAACUGUUGUUGCUUCAGCCUGGCUGGCUACAGCUUGGCUACAAUUCCAGACUGGGGUUUUAAAUAAUCAUUAGAAAUGCUACAUCAGCCUUACUUACCUCUUGCUUGGCCUAGAAACAAAGUUGUUUGUGAAGACUGAAACCGUUGCUGAUGCAGCUCUUCAGGGAGAAUUUGAUUACCUCCACGUACGUCUAUCAUUCAACAACUGCACAACAGCCUCCCUUCACUCAUUCAGACAAACUACAAACACUCUGCACAUUACUCAUGUCCAUGUAAUGACUUUCAGUCACAGAGAAACAGGCCUGAAGCUUCUCUUCACUGUGAUAGACAGCCUUGGUGCCCUCAUCUUAACUCACACUCAGAUUACUGACAUCAAGGAUGGACCACAUUUUCAAAACAUGUUGCCAGCCAUGGCUUAUUUCACUUCUCAGGUAAAAUAUAGGAGGUGAUUCAGUGUGUCUUAAUAGAGACUUAUGAUAUUGCUCUUCUUAUUGACAUUUCCUUGUUCUGUUCCUUAGUUCUAUGUUGUCUUCUCCCAUUACUUUCACAUCUAACAUAUCCUUUAAGUGAACACCUGCUUGCAUUUACAUAUGUAAUGAUGUUGUGGAAUGUAUUCAUUUUCACCAAAGCUAGGCAACGUGUUUACAGGAAUUGUUUGAAUUAAGUAAGCUUAAAAGCGUGAAAAUUGAGAAUUCUGGGAACAAGUGUUUACUUGACAAACUGUAAAUCAGUUCAGCAGUAGGGGAGGGCAUUCGCACUUUUCCAGUUUACAUUCCGAAUUUCAGAGUUUCAUGGAAGGAAGAGUAAUCAAAGCAUUCAGAGUGUUGUUUUGAUGGAUGCUUUGCACCGUUGCACUUCUGAGUAUCAUAUAUCAUGUUAAUAGUAGAUUUAUUUAUGACAUACCAUGCUGCGUAUUACUCCAUACUAUGGUGUGGAUAAAAUAUUGCGUAAUAUUAGAAGAUAUUAAAAUAUCUUCUUUAAGUCAAAGUUACUGAGGGGUCAACCAACUGCAAGCAGUACUUCAUGCAGCUGCAUUGGACAGUAUGUCGUGGGCACUCUCCAUUAGCAGAGGUCGACUGCGAGCUGAACAGCUAAAAUAUUGAUUAAUAAAUAUUUAUAUGAAUAUAUAGAUAGAAUGAUAUUGACCAUUCUUGUAAAUUAGUUCAAACUGUGACCUUACAGUAAAAAAUAAAAUAAAAACCUUUGAUAUUGACAAGACUUUUUUUCUAAUGCCUUGGAUCUAUUUGAAUCCAAGGCAUUGAGAUGGUAAUAAGCUAAAAAUAUACAAAAUCCUCAUUUAUGCUUUCUAUUGGGAGGUGGCUGUCCCAAACCCUAACCCCUACAUUUCAACUUGUGAAAAGAAUACUUAAUUUUUUUUUUUGCAUUUUUUUCAGUGUUACUUUUAAACUGAAAGAUUUAAGAUUGUAAGAGGUAGAUUUAUCGUAAGUUUAAUUUUUAAAUAAAA